GGCAACCCACUCCAGUGUUCUUGCCUGGAGAAUCCCAGGGACGGGGGAGCCCGGUGGGCUGCCGUCUAUGGGGUCGCACAGAGUUGAACACGACUGAAGUGACUUAGCGGCAGCAGCAGCUUCUGUAGUUCUGGCAAGACGGAACCUGAAGUAUCUGUUAGUACCCUAUGCAUAGAGGUCAGAGACAUUUAUGUACAAGGUCAAAAUUCUUGGCUUUGGCUUCCUAGCUGGUGAAUAAGAACCACUGAGCAAUUCUCCCAAGAAAGUGUAUGGCAGUACCAGUGACUGCCCAUGCCUGUUAGUUCACAUGUCAUUCUUUUGGCUUUGAAGUUAUAUUGUGCUCUUGGCCUCAGUGUAGCAAAAAAACAGGCAGAACUAACAGUGUAUGUGGGGUCUUCCACCAAGGAUGUUUGCUGAUUUAGGCAAACAUUUUGUUAAAAGAUUUGAUGACCUUUAACAGUCACUGAUGUCAGUGGUUAAAUUUGAGGACCUCAAAGUUUGUCUUUCUAAAAUCUAUAGCUACAUUUUUGUUCAGAGUAAACUGUGGUAAACCAAUAUUGCUCUAUUUAAUCUUUUCCCCUACACUUUUCCUCUUCUUUCCUCAAAAUAUUGUUAAGCUACUAACAGAUGUCAAGGUCUGCAGAGAAAUGACAUUGGUCUUUUCUGUCUUUAGUGCUGCCAAAAGUGAGGGUAGUGAGGCUGAAGAAAUUGAAUGGGAUACCCUGCUUUUAAAAAUUAAAACCAAAUGGAUCCAACAAACUUCUGAGCAAGGUUUAUUAAAUAAAGUUCAAAAUUUUACAUGCUAGAUUAAAAUUAUAUAUUGUAUGGUGAAAACGUGAGUUAAAAACAGUGUUAUUCACCACUUCUACUCAUAUCUGGUCAUAGUGCUAAUUUUUAAUUAACAUUCAUGGUUAAAACUUGGCGUUUUGUAACAGAUAUUUACUUCACUGAUUGUGAAGGAAAGUGUUAAUUGUAUGGCUUUUCUUGCAUAUGUAUUCAGGUUUUAAAAUUCAUGCAUUAAAUAAUUUUUAUAUUUUUUAUUUUAAUGUGAUACCUGGUAUCAUAACAUGUAACUCAAGGGCUGAAUCUGUCUGGUAACAUUGAAAUUACCCAUAGCAACAUUCAAGGCAUUCAACCAAUAAAUAUACAGCAUGCUGUAAGCUCUUACCUAAUUGGCUGUGUCGUCUUUUAUGUCAUAAUCAUAUCACCCAACAGUAAACAGUAUCUAGAGUUACAGUAGUGAGACUGGGAUUUUUUUUUUCAAUCUAAAGUUUUCCUCUUUCUCUCUCUCAAAAAAAAAAAAAAAAAAAUCCGAAACUCAUAAGACUUCUUUAAGAAUUUCUUACAAAAACAUGCUGGAAGACAGUGGAACUUGUUUUCACCCAGAAGGUAUUUUUCAUUUUAAUAGUUUACACUGAUCAUCAACAGAUGUGGAAGCCACAUCCUUUUGUUGGGUUGGUUCUUCAGUCACUUAAGCAGAGAGAGAGAUGCAUCUACUCAAGGUUGGCACUCAGAGAAACAAUGCUGCCUCUUCCUGGCUCAUGAAAUUCAGCUUCCUUUGGCUGCUUAGCCAGCACUGUGGCAGAACCAGCGCUGUUUGGACUGCUUACAUGAACAUAUCGUUUCAUGUUGGGAAUCGCAUGUUGUCAGAGUUGGGGGAGACUGGCGUGUUUGGAAGAAGCUCCACUUUGAAGAGAGUGGCAGGAGUCAUCGUGCCUCCAGAGGGAAAAACGCAAAAUGCCUGCAGCCCCAAUACCAGUUUCAGGAAGCUGAAGAACUCGCAGACAUGGCUCGCUCUUGUCGAACGGGGAGGCUGUACCUUCACCCAGAAGAUCAAGGUGGCGGUGGAGAAUGGAGCCAGUGGAGUGAUCAUCUAUAACUUUCCAGGAACUGGCAAUCAGGUCUUUCCCAUGUCUCAUCAGAUAUUUGAAGACAUCGUUGUGGUGAUGAUUGGUAACUUAAAAGGCAUGGAGAUUUUGCAUUUAAUUCAGAAGGGCGUUCAUGUGACCGUCACGAUUGAGGUGGGAAGAAAACACAUCAUCUGGAUGAAUCACUAUUUUGUCUCUUUUGUGAUUGUCACAACCGCUACGUUAGUGUAUUUCAUCUUUUAUCAUAUUCGAAGACUGUGGGUAGCAAGGGUUCAGAACCGGAGGUGGCAGCGGUUAACAAAUGAUCUCAAGAAAGCAUUUGGCCAGCUUCAGGUUCGGGUACUGAAAGAGGGGGACGAGGAAGUAAGCGGCAAUGGAGAUAGCUGCAUAGUUUGCUUUGAACUCUAUAAGCCUAACGAUACAAUUCGUGUUCUGACCUGUAAACAUUUUUUCCACAAGAAUUGCAUUGACCCCUGGAUCUUAGCCCAUGGGACAUGCCCCAUGUGCAAAUGUGAUAUUCUUAAAGCUUUGGGGAUUCAGAUGGAUGUUGAAGAUGGAACAGAGUCUUUGCAAGUUCUAAUGUCCAACGAAUUGGCUGAUAUCCUGUCAUCUAGUGAAGAGGGCACAAAUAAUGAACUUCCUCCUUCAGGAAGGUCAGAUAAAGUGACACACGUGGAGGAGGAGGAGCCCCUUCCUUCUCAGGAUGUCGGCCAGUCUAAUUCAGUAGCAGCGGACAUCCAUCCUCCGCCUUGACAGCAUGGCCUUCGAGGAAGUGAAUUAAACCUGUUUGUGAAAUCAGGUCCUAAAUACUGACAAGCAGUUUGUCCAAGGUGUGAUUUUCGUGUCUUUUUUGUUGUUGUUACUUUGGUAAUUUUCUGCAUUUGUCAAGUCUCAGAAAAAAGAAAAAGCCCUAGCAGGGUUUUUUUGUUUUUGUUUUUCCUGUUUCUCACCUUUACUAAAUGUAAUUUUUUUGUCAGUGUAUGUUGCUCCUGUGAGUAUUUAUGUUUAUUUCUGUGUGCACAUGAAUUUUUUUUUUUUUUACUUUUUGGUCACCCCAUGUGGCUUGCAGGAUCUUAGUUCCCUGACCAGAGAUUGAACUCGGGCCACCACAGUGAAAGUACUAAGUCCUAACCUCUGGACUGCCAGGGAAUUCCCAACCAAGGACAAAAUUUAUUCCUGAAUUUUUUUGCAUAUAUAUUGGGCUUUAUUUUGGUAGGAAAAUUGUUAAUAUAUUUACAUGUUCCUUAUAGUACAGAAACUAUCAAUGGAAUUUGAAAAACAUAAAUGAGCUUUUAUAAGCUAGGGAGAAUAAAAUUUAUCUUUUGAUAUUUUUAGUACAAUAUGCUAACUUGAAAGUCUUUGUGCUGUGUUCUCUUCAUUCUUGGUGUGAAAAUUUUGCUGUAUGGAAUUGUACUGUUUUGACACAUAAUUCUGUUCAAGCCAUUAGUAUAUUUUAUGUGAUCUGUGUAUAUACGGUGAUAGGAACUUUAGAGUUAAAAUACCAGCACUCUUUAAGGGAAUAGCAGAUAUUUCAGCACCGAGUAUUGCUAAUCAUAAUUGUUACAUGUUCAUAAUGUAUAGAAAGACUUAAAUAAAGAAUUGCUGUGGUUA